AUGGCUCCUGACCGCAGAGGCGGCAGACAGCCUUGUGUAGUCGCAUUCUCAUCACCCAAGCGAGCGCACUGCCCCCGCGGGCCAUCUGGUCACGCGCGGAGAGUGAGAGCCAGGCAGGCCAGCCUUCUGGGACGGGAGGAUGGGCGAGCUGUUUCCGGCAGGACCGUGAGGCUGAUCGAGUACUUGCGCAGGCAGGCGGUGAACAGGCCCAGCUGGGUCCUGAUGGGGGGUUUGGUGAAGGGACCUGAGCGGGGCCUGAAGUACGGGGGGACCUGGCCCAGGCCGCCCCCGCCCUCCCAGGUGCAGCGGCCCUUCCGAGUGAUCCUGACACUGCCGUGUGAGAACCGGCGUCUAUCAGGACAGCUUCAAAAGAAACCAUUUCUGACCCUCUUCUAUGAGUCCUGGCCCGAGGAAGUGGCUUUAGACUGUGCCCCUAAAUGCUGCUGCUGGUCAUCUACCUCCGUUCGGGAGACCGAGCCCUCAGGAUUUGCCGAGCUGGGGCCACGCUGGAUCACCAGUGCCUCUUGCUGCCCCUGGGCCGGCACCGCGGUGUGCCCCUGCCGCUGCGAAGCGGUGGCCGGGGCCUGGUUGCGUGCAGUUACCUGCCGCCGUCGGAGUGACAGCGGGUGUGAUUCCUCCAAGGGCCAUCCUUGCUGCGGCAAUGGCGAGAUCAUCUCUUCUGUGACGGAGCAGCAUCCCCUGCGCCUGAGCCGUCUGAAGGGGCGCAAGUCCCGCCUGGGCACUUCUCGCGGGACGCGACGCCCGGCCGCUUCUCUGGCCCCAGUAUUCACCAACAGCAGUAACACAAACUUCCAGAUCUUGGAGCCUACCGUGCCACGCUUUAGAAAGAGGCAAAGCAAGCGGCCGGUGCUGGUUCUCCAGAAUGAGGCGCUUUACCCGCAGCGGCGGUCCUACACCAGCGAGGAUGAGGCCUGGAAGUCCUUCCUGGAGAACCCCCUCACGGCAGCCACCAAGGCGAUGAUGAGCAUCAACGGCGACGAGGACAGUGCCGCGGCGCUCGGCCUGCUCUACGACUACUACAAGGUGCCGAGAGAGAGAAGGUCGUCGAUGGCAAAGCCAGACGUUGAGCACCCAGAGCCAGAUCACAGCAAAAGGAACAGCAUCCCCGGCGUGCCCGAGCAGCCCCUCCUGUCUGCUGGAGAAAACCGCGUGCAAGUGCUGAAAAACGUGCCCUUCAACCUCGUGCUCCCCCACGGCAGCCAGCUGGGCAUGGACAAGCGAGGCCACCUGGCAGCUCCUGACACCACGGUCACCGUCUCCAUCGCCACGAUGCCCACCCACUCCAUCAAGACGGAAAGCGAGCCCCACGGCUUCGCGGUGGGCGUGCCGCCGGCUGUGUAUCCCCCGGAGCCCGCCGAGCGGGUGGUGGUGUUCGACCGGGGCCUUACCCCGGACCAGUUCGGCUCGGGCGCCCAGCCGCCGAACGCUCAGCGGCGCACCCCGGACUCCACCUUCUCGGAGACCUUCAAGGAAGGCGUGCAGGAGGUGUUCUUCCCCUCGGACCUCAGCCUGCGGAUGCCCGGCGUGGAUUCGGAGGACUAUGUUUUUGACAGUGUUUCUGGAAACAACUUCGAAUAUACCCUCGAGGCUUCCAAAUCGCUGCGCCAGAAGCCGGGAGACAGCACCAUGACGUACCUGAACAAAGGCCAGUUCUACCCCGUCACCUUAAAGGAAGUGAGCAGCAGCGAGGGCAUCCACCACCCCAUCAGCAAAGUGCGGAGCGUGAUCAUGGUGGUGUUUGCCGAGGACAAGAGCCGGGAGGACCAGCUGCGGCACUGGAAGUAUUGGCACUCACGGCAGCACACGGCCAAGCAGAGGUGCAUCGACAUCGCUGACUACAAGGAGAGCUUCAACACCAUCAGCAACAUCGAGGAGAUCGCUUACAACGCCAUUUCUUUCACGUGGGACAUUAACGACGAAGCAAAGGUCUUCAUCUCCGUGAACUGCCUGAGCACAGACUUCUCGUCCCAGAAGGGCGUCAAGGGGCUGCCGCUCAACAUCCAGAUCGACACCUACAGCUACAACAACCGCAGCAACAAGCCCGUGCACCGCGCCUUCUGCCAGAUCAAAGUCUUCUGCGACAAGGGAGCUGAGCGGAAGAUCAGGGACGAAGAGAGAAAACAGAGCAAGAGAAAAGUUUCCGACGUGAAAGUGCCGCUGCUGCCCUCUCAUAAGCGCAUGGACAUCACGGUUUUCAAGCCCUUUAUUGACCUGGACACCCAGCCCGUCCUCUUCAUCCCCGACGUGCACUUCGCCAACCUGCAGCGGGGCACCCACGUCCUCCCCAUUGCUGCUGAAGAACUGGAGGGUGAAGGGUCCAGCCUGAAAAGGGGGCCGUUCGGGCCGGAAGACGACCUUGUCGCACCACCGCCGGCCAAGCUGCCCCGGGUGGAGCAGCCCAAGAGAGUGCUGCUUUACGUGCGGAAGGAGUCAGAGGAGGUCUUCGACGCCCUGAUGCUGAAGACCCCGUCGCUGAAGGGCCUGAUGGAGGCUAUCUCGGACAAGUACGAUGUCCCCCACGACAAGAUCGGGAAGAUAUUCAAGAAAUGCAAAAAAGGGAUCCUGGUGAACAUGGACGACAACAUCGUGAAACACUACUCCAACGAGGACACCUUCCAGCUGCAGAUCGAAGAGGCGGGAGGCUCCUACAAGCUCACGCUCACCGAGAUCUAGGCCCCGCCGGGCCAGGGAGCGGGCGGCGUCUCGCUGCUGGCCAGGCUGCGGCUCCAGCCAGCGCUUC